ACACGCUUAAGUUAAUCACGCGCACACGGGAGACUUUCAACACUACCUGCAUUUUGGUUUAUUUUUUGCAAGGGUCCUACAGACAGUGACUUUAUCGUUUUCACCAGUUUAUCCCGCGCGGUAAAAAAAAUACACUUUGAAGAUUUUUUACUUUUGAGCAAAAAACUCAAAGUGACCAUGACAGAGACGACAACUCCAGCGAAAGCCAAGAAGGCAGCCAAACCCAAGAAAGCAGCCUCUCAUCCCAAAUAUUCGGACAUGAUUAAAGCUGCUAUUGUGGACGACGCCAGCCGGAGCGGAGCGUCCCGUCAGUCCAUCCAGAAGUACGUCAGGGCGAACUACAAAGUGGGGGACAAUGCUGAUGUGCAGAUUAAACUUGCCCUAAAGAGGUUAGUUGCGUCCGGGAUGCUCAAACACACCAAAGGCAUCGGGGCGUCUGGAUCCUUCAAGCUCUCCAAACCUGAGGACUCCAAAAAGCCCAGUAAACCAGCUGCACCCAAGCCAAAGAAAGCACCGAAGCCCCCUAAAGCCAAGAAGGCAGCGGCUAAGCCCAAAAAGGCGGCCAAAACUCCAGAGAAGUCCAAGAAAGCGCCAGCAAAGAAAGUGAAAAAAGUCGUGAAGAAGGCAACCCCCGCAAAAGCCAAAAAAGCACCAGCAAAGAAGCCCAAGGCAGCGAAGCCCAAGGCAAAACCCGUAAAAAAGGCAGCAAAACCCAAGGCAAAGUCUUCCAAAAAGACAGCCAAGACUGCCAAGAAGAAGUGAAGGACUGUCAGAGACCUGUAAAUAAUAUGGACGUGUUUUUGUAUGUGCAUUAUUUUUGUAAAGUUUCAUGCAAAUUGAUCUGAUAUGUUUUACAUCUUUACCAUUGCACUAUGGCAUAUGCUGUAGAAUUUCCUUUGGCUCUGAUUUCACUGUUAACUCUGAUUCAGAAAUUUCUGAGAAGUUAUCCUGUACAUAGUUCUAAUAAAAUGUUUAACUUUGUGAG